AUGCCCGCCUGUGUUGUCCUGUCGUCGCCCUGUCGCCGGCCAUCACAAGCCCCUAGAAUACUCGCCGCAACAAUUGCUGCUGGUGCUGGUGCUACUGCUGUCGCUGUUGCUACCGCCGUCGUCGCCGCCGCCGCCGCCGAAGCGUGCCCUGCGCAACCCCCUCCCAACCACUGGGCCCUUUGCCAAUCCCGCUCUGCACUGCUGGAUCCCGCCCAAGAAACUCAUCUAGAUUUGUCUCCAAGACAUACACAUACAUACACAUACACGCAUACGCACAUACGUACAUACAAACACAUCCACACACGUCCCCGCGGUACGACAGCUGCACGUAAGACAGCGCACCUUGGGCCAUCCUCUUCUCCUCCUCAUCCUCUUCAUCCUCGUCCUCUCCCCAUCCCCCCACUCUCAGCGACAGAAUUCGCAGCCGUCGCGUACAUGGCCGACUACGGCAACCAGCAGCGGGGCGAGUAUGCGCGGGGCCCCAGUCAUGGCCAACCCACGGGAGCAAGGGACGCGGCGUUUGCCAACAUCUUCGGCGCCAGUCCAGCCAUGGCCGGUCGCUCGCAGACUAUGACUUCGCAGUCGCAGUUGAGGGACCCGGGCCGUGCUGCGACGAUGAACAGCCAGACGGCCGACAUGAUGCAGCGCGCACCGCCCAUCCGCCAGCCCGUCAAUGGCUAUGAUCGACGGCCCCAUCCGCAGUACGAUCCGCGCGCAGGGCCACACCCAGGUGACCACCGAGGGGGCAUGGAGCCACCGCCCAACAACUACCACCGCUCCGUCUCCAACGGCUACCCUCCUCCAGGUCCACGCUACCCGGACGGCCCGCAGCAGCAGCAGCAGCAGCAGCAGCAGCCUCCUCCUCAGCGACAGCCUCAGCCGCAGUACCUUCCACAACCACUGCGCCCAGAGCGCCAGCCGUAUGGACAGCCCCAGCGCUUCGAUCCGAGAACCUCUCCGCCAGGCCAGCCUCCUUCUUUCAACAAAACAGCCCCUAAUCGCUUUCCUGGCCCUCCUGGCCCGGGCAUGAACGCCGACCCCUAUCGCUCACAGUCACUCGCCCUCAAUCCUCGUCCCCAAUUCACCCCUGGCGGGCCUACUCACCCGUCACAGGCAAACACGUUUAGACAACAGCCCUACAUGAACCACAUGGCCCGAACCACGGCACAAGGUCGCGUCGUGCCAGAGCGUCCGGAUGAGCGGACCAUGUCCAUGACUUCGUAUACCCGAGACCCAGAGCGCACCCAGACGAUGAGUGGCAGGAUAAUACCCAGCCGAAGGCCAGAACCAGGAGAAGACCCCAUGUCCCAGGGCUACGCCAGCCAGCCCAACAUGACCAUGGGAGCGGGCCCGCCAGUAAAGGCGAGGCAGACGAGCCAAGGUAGCAUACCUAACCAGGGCAGAACCAUGUCCAUGGCCUCUACCAUUGUCCCUUCGGAGAGGACGGACACCAUGUCUUCCUUGUCGCGCCCGAGCUCAGUCCAGACCACGUCGAGCAGCACGGUCAACAGAUCCUCGAAUCAGUCCUACAAUGGGACCAUGUCACCAGGUGGUGCUGGUCCUCCUGCUCAGCGAAGAGCGCCCCUCGUCUACCCUGCCCUCCUCUCCAGGGUCGCCGAGGUCUUCCAAGACCGGGUUGCGCUCGCCGAGCGCGAAAAAGAUGGACUGGUCUACAAGAGCGCUUUCACAGGUGCAGAGGCGGUCGAUUUGAUUUCUUUCAUCAUCAAGACCACAGACCGUAACUUGGCUCUGCUCUUGGGUCGGUCCUUGGACGCACAAAAGUUCUUCCACGAUGUCACCUACGCUCACCGACUCCGAGACUCGACCAACGAAAUCUAUCAGUUCCGCGAGACCAUGGUUGAGGAUAAGUCGGAGAUUAAUGGUGUCUUCACCCUUUUGACCGAGUGCUAUUCGCCGACAUGCACACGGGACCGUCUGUGUUACUCCAUCGCUUGCCCUCGACGCCUCGAACAGCAGGCUCGCCUGAAUAUGCGUAUCCAGCCCGGUCUGAAGCGCGAGGAAUCACGUGCUAGUUUACACGAAGAGAAGGACAGUGAAGAGCAGAAACUUUGGAUUAAUACGGUGCCAAAGGAAAUUUCAGACAGCGUCUCGGAAAAGGAACAAAAGCGCCAGGAAGUCAUCUCGGAGCUCAUGUACACGGAGCGCGACUUUGUCAAGGAUCUAGAAUACCUACGCGACUUCUGGAUGAAGCCGCUUCGCAAUCCCCAAGCAUCGCCCAUCCCCGAACAUCGCCGCGAAAAGUUUGUGCGCACCGUCUUUUCAAACUGUCAAGAAGUCUACAUGGUCAACUCUCGAAUGGCAGAAGCUCUCACGCGAAGACAGCAGAAGGAGGCUGUAGUGCGCAAUAUAGGCGAUAUUUUCCUCGAAUACGUACCCCAUUUUAGUCCAUUUAUCAAGUAUGGCGCAAACCAGCUCUUCGGUAAGUACGAGUUCGAGCACGAAAAGCGUACAAACAAUCUGUUUAGCAAGUUCGUCGACGAGGUGGAGCGAAUGAAGGAGUCUCGAAAGCUCGAAUUGAACGGAUAUCUUACCAAGCCCACGACUCGAUUGGCCAGAUACCCAUUGCUUUUGGAAAACAUUGUCAAGUACACAGCAGAUGACAACCCCGACAAGGAGGACAUUCCCAAAGUUAUCAAGAUCAUCAAGGAAACCUUGUCCAAGGUCAACAUUGAGUCUGGAAAGGCGGAGAAUCAUUUCAAUCUCAUGCAGCUCAAUAAAGAUCUCAAGUUCAGGCCUGGCGAGUAUGUCGAUCUUAAGCUGACCGACGAAAAUCGCCAAUUGGUCUUCAAGGGCACACUGAAGAAGACCCCCACUGAAGCGACGGGUGAUAUCACGUGUUACCUCUUUGAUCACGCUGUCUUGCUCGUCAGAGCCAAGACUGUCAACAAGCGUGAGGAACAAAAAGUCUACAAGAAGCCGAUACCCCUGGAGCUGCUCGUGAUUACACAAAUGGAAGAAAUCAACCCUAAGCUGGGGAUCGCCAAGAGGCCUUCUGCGAAUUUGAUUGCCGGCAAAGCCAUUGCUGCCGCUACACCUCGCAACGAUACAACCAAGCAGCAAGGGUAUCCAAUCACGUUCAAGCACCUUGGCAAGGGUGGCUACGAGUUGACACUGUUUGCCAGCACACCCAUCUCCCAGCAAAAAUGGAUGGAACAUAUUGAUUCGCAACAGCGAAGCCUUCGUGAGCGUAGCAACAUCUUCACCAAGAGCGUCAUUCAUGAGGGCUUCUUCACUGCAACAAUUCGUGUCACCUGUGCUGUUCCUCUUGAUGGUGGGCGCAAACUCGCUCUGGGCACCGAUGCCGGCAUAUACGUUGUCGAGCGGAAACCAAAGGAUGCGUCCUCACGGCCUCGUCGCGUACUCGACUGCAAAGCUGUUACGCAGGUCGAAGUUCUCGAACAGCAUCAGAUUGUUCUCGUCUUGGCCGACAAGACACUGUACUCGUACGAUAUCGAAGCCCUCAAUCCGGACGAAACACAGGCCAUUGUCAAACGGCCUCGCAAGAUUUGUCACGCCAAUUUCUUCAAGGCUGGUAUCUGCCUCGGACAGCAGCUCGUUGCUGCAGUCAAGACAUCCGCCCUAUCAACCACCAUCAAGGUCUACGAGCCCAAGGAGAACAUGGCCAACAAGGGCAAAAAGUCUGGAUUCGCAAAGAUGCUCUCCACCGGCCAAGAUCAACUCAAGCCAUACAAGGAAUUCUACAUUCCUACCGAGUCGACUUCGAUUCACUUUCUCAAAUCCAAGCUCUGCGUCGGCUGCGCCCGUGGCUUCGAAGUCGUCAGCCUCGAAACUCUCGAAACGCAAUCCCUUCUGGACCAAGCCGACACUUCCCUCGACUUCGUUGUGCGCAAAGAAAACAUCAAGCCAAUCCACAUUGAGCGCAUGGGUGGCGAGUUCCUUCUCUGCUACACCGACUACUCCUUCUUCGUCAACCGCAAUGGUUGGCGCGCACGGCCAGACUGGAAAAUCACGUGGGAGGGCACGCCACAGGCCUUUGCGAUAUUCAACCCGUACAUCUUGGCAUUUGAGCCAAGUUUUAUUGAGAUUCGACACAUGGAGAGUGGGGGCCUUGUGCAUAUUAUUACGGGCAAGAAUAUUAGGUUGUUGCACACUUCGACGAGAGAGAUUCUCUAUUCAUAUGAAGAUGAGUUGGGCAAUGAUGUUGUAGCUAGCUUGGACUUUUGGCAGACGGCCAAUGGAGGGAAACAGAGUAUGGAUCAGCAGCGGCUAUUAGAGAAGAGCUAG